UCUGCGGAGAGGGCGCUUGGGGGGUUGGGAUUGGUGGCCAGCUGAGCCUGGUUGAAGGACGGUUUGGGCCGCGCCCACCACCCUAGCCUGUUUCAAGGAGGGGUAAGCUCAGCGUGAGGCUCAUUGGCUCGACAGGGGCACGUGAUGGGUCCUGAGCCAAUCCGUGGAAGGUAAAAGCUGCUUCCUGUUUGGGCAUCUGUCCGCCGCGGGUCUGGUUUUGAGCUGCUGCGGUCCCGGACUGAGGAUUAGCUCCUUGGGAGCAGACAACUGCCCUCACUGGCACAGAGGAGGAGCGCUCAGUAAAUUCUUGCUGGACAAAUAAACGACUAGAUAAGAUAAGGCAACUCCAGCCCCUGGAAGGCCAGAGACUUGCCAGUGUCCCACUAGCGAGCUCUUUACAAGAAUCUCCCUGGGCCCCCCGCAGCCAGGUGGCGGACUGAAGAGCGCGCUGCUGGGGCAUGGCGGAGGAGCGGCCAGGGGCCUGGUUCGGCUUCGGGUUUUGCGGCUUCGGGCAGGAGCUGGGCUCCGGACGCGGGCACCAGGUGCACAGCCCUAGUCCUCUGCGGGCGGGCGUCGACGUCUGCCGCGUGAGCGCGAGCUGGAGCUACACCGCCUUCGUGACUCGUGGAGGCCGCGUGGAGCUGUCGGGCUCAGCCAGCGGCGCGGCGGGCGGCUGCAGGGACGCGUGGGCCUCGGAGGGGCUCCUCCUGGUGCUGCGCGCUGGGCCGGGGCCGGAGGCGUUACUGCAGGCCUGGGCGCCCGACUCGGCGCUGCGUGGGGAGCCCUUGUGGGCCCACAAUGUGGUGCCCGAGGCCGUAGAGGAAGACGAUCCGGGCGGUGAGGCCCAGACUGGGAGGCUACCCCUGUUGCCCUGCGCGCGUGCCUACGUGAGCCCGCGGCCUCCCUUCUACCGGCCUCUGGCUCCGGAGCUGCGGGCGCGCCAGCUGGAGCUGGGCGCCGAGCACGCGUUGCUGCUAGACGCGGCUGGUCAGGUGUUCUCCUGGGGCGGGGGCAGGCAUGGACAGCUGGGCCACGGGACCCUGGAGGCAGAGCUGGAGCCACGGCUAUUGGAGGCGUUGCAGGGCCUAACCAUGGCUGAGGUGGCCGCGGGGGGCUGGCAUUCUGUGUGUGUGAGUGAGACUGGGGAUAUUUAUAUCUGGGGCUGGAAUGAAUCGGGGCAGCUGGCCCUGCCCACCAGGAACCUGGCAGAGGAUGGAGAGACUGUCGCAAGGGAAGCCACAGGACUGAAUGAAGAUGGUUCUCAGGUGAAGAGAACGGGCCGGGUUGAGGAUGGAGCCCCUGCCCCCUUCAUAGCUGUCCAGCCCUUCCCAGCAUUACUGGAUCUCCCCUUGGGCUCAGAUGCAGUCAAGGAACAGGGGAGCUCUACACCUGGGGCUGGGGUAAGUAAAAGGAUUGUUUUUGUGACCAUGAAACCAAGGGGAAGAAAGACCUGGGAGUAUAGGGCAGGUGACAGAGCCACCAAGACUAGAGGAAGCAGGGGCCUCGGCCAGGUCACUGGGAGGACCAGGACUGCUCCCUCCCUGGGGUUGGAACAGACGUAGGCACACUCAGUCCGAGACCAGACAGGGGAGACAUGGAGAGGAUAUCGGUACCACCUGCCUACCUCUCUGAAAGACUGUCUUAAGGGAGUAUCCAACCUGCAUUUACAAAGCAGCUUUUUGUGGAUGUGACACUGGGUGGAUAAAAAGGUAUGAUGGAAAUGUGUGCUCUGAACAUCUUAGCUUGGGUAGCAGGGAAGUCUGGAGGAGCAUCUUGCCUGGAGUGGCUGGUCGCCACUAGCCUCUUGGGGAUACCCAAGUUUGCCUUGCUCUGGGUCUCCUGGAGUCACAGAGCAGUGGGGCAUAAUCCCAGCACCUCAUUUGAUAGUCUGGGCCCCUUCCUGGAGGGAAAGAAGCAGCAAGACCCAGUGGAAACUAUGGCAAAGGGGCUGGUUUCACUUUAGGUAAAUAUGGACAGCUGGGCCACGAGGACACCACCAGCUUGGAUUGGCCCCGCCGUGUGGAAUACUUUGUAGAUAAGCAACUCCAAGUAAAGGCUGUCACCUGUGGGCCCUGGAACACCUACGUGUAUGCUGUGGAGAAAGGGAAGAGCUGACGUGUGUAUGUAUAUGUAUAUACAACACCUGUGAAACCCCCCAUUCAGGUCAAGGAAAACCAUUGCCUGCACCCCAAGGGCCCCGUAUUUGCCCCUUCCCAUCACAGUCCUGCCUUUCACCCUCAAGCACCAUCCUAAAAUUGUCUGCACUUUAGAAACACCUGGAGAAAGUUGAGAACUCUGCUGCCUAAGAUCAGCAUCAAUGAAACAAUGAAAUCAAUGAAACAAUGAAAUCAGAGCCUCUGAGUGUGUGGCCUAGAUACUGGUAGAUUCAAAGCUCCGCCCACCUCACCCCAGGUAAUUUGAUGUGUAGCUGAGAUUGGGGCACAUUCCAGGUCAUCUUCCUUUGUCAGUCACUUUCCUGCUUUCGUUUGAAUUUUCCCAGCCUUGCAUGCAUCCUUAUACAACAUAGUUGUGUUUGCUUUUGAGUAUUAGAUAAAUGGAAUCCUGUAUAUGCGCUUUUGUGUCGUUUUUGUCACUCAGCAUUGUGUGAUCCAUCCUUGUUGGGUCCUGGAGUUCUUUCAUUUUUAAUGCUAUAUGGUGUUCCGUUGUAUGAAUAAUACCUCAAGUGAUACGGUUUUGUUGAUGGUCAUUUUGUUUCUGAUUUUGGUCAUUCCACAUAAUACUUUUGAGCAGUCUUCUGCACACGUGCACAGGUUCCUUUGCAGAACAUUGAGUUGAAUUGCUAAGUCAAGAGAUACCUUUAAUUUUACUAGAUAACUGUUUUCCACCAGCAGGGUGGUGUCUACUGUGGCUGAAAUGUCAGGUAGAUGCACACUGGUUUUAAUUUGCAUUUCCCUGAAUACUGAUGAGGUUGAGUAGCUUUUCAUUUGUGUAUUGGAUGGCUGGCAUGGUGGCUCACACCUGUAGUCCCAGCACUUUGGGAGGCUAAGUGGGGUGAUUGCUUGAGGUGAAGAGUUCAUAUGUUUCUUGGCCAUUUGGAGUUUUUCUGUUGCGAAGUGCCUGUUCAAGUUUUCUGGCCUUUCAAAAUGUUCUGUAUUUUCCUUAGUGACUUUUCUUUUGGAUAUUUCAGAUCCAAGUCUUUUGAGAGUUAGUAUUCAGAGUAUCUUCUGCUACCAUGUAGUUUGUUGUUUCAGUCUCUCCUGGUAUUACCAAUUUUUGUUUGAUACUUAGGUGAUGCUUACUCCAUGCCAGGUAAGGCUCAAAGUGCUUUACAAGUAUUAACUUAUUUUGAUAAAGUAAGUUUAACAUCAGUAGUUUUCUUUAUGGUUAAAUUGUAUUUCUGCAUGUGUGUGUCUGUGGUUUAGCAAAUGUUUCCCACCCAUGGGGUCUUUAAGUUUUUUUUUUUUUUUCUUUUUUAUUGUGGUAAAAUAUACUGAACAUAAAAUGUAUGUUCAAUAAAAGAGAAAAAUUUUUUUAACCAAUUU